CAUCAUCAAAGGUCCUGCAGCCACUAAUGUUUACCUUCUUCUCUUGUAACUGAUCACAUGACUCUGACGUCAUCGCAGGUCCUGCAGCCCCAGGAGGUGAGAUCUGCAGGUUCCUUAGGUACAGGACUUUCUUCUUAUGAUAGACAAUGGUCCUUUCCAUCAAGGACCCACCAAGGAUGGAGAAGGACAGAAACCACAGGGCUGCAAGGAUAUUAGACCUCACCCUGGAGAUCAUCUCCUUGAUAACUGGAGAGGAUUACACAGUAGUGAAGAAGUCGUCUGGUGAGUGUGUGACACCCCGUGUGUCAGGAGGAUGGAGCAGGACCCAGAGCCCCAUCACCGAGCCUCCACCUCAUUCCCUGAUACAUGAGCAGAAGAUCCUAGAACUUACCACCAGGAUCACUGAGCUGCUGAGCGGAGAGGUUCCUAUAAGGUGUCAGGAUGUUGCUGUCUAUUUCUCCAUGGAGGAGUGGGAGUACUUAGAAGAACACAAGUAUCUGUACAAGGACAUCAUGAUGGAGAAUCACCAGUCCCUCACAUCACCGGAUGGAACCAGUGAGAAUCCACCAGAGAGAUGUUCCAGUCCUCAGUAUUCCCAAGAUUGUCCAGAGGAGAAACCAAAUAUCCCACUGGAUCAUCAGGAAAGUUCUGGUAGAAUUGAAAAACCUGUAUCAAUGUCUGUGAAAGGUGAAGACAGGAUGAACGACUCCCAUGGACAUCUCCAUUUAUCUUCCUAUCAUGAAGCAGAAGAUAACAAUACCACACAAGAUGAUUCAAUAACUCUUAAUGUACCCUCGAUCCUUCAUAGUGGAGAUCUAUCCACCGAUACCGCUACUCAGAAGAAAUCGUUAGCAAAUCAAUCAGUGACUGGCAGAAAAAGAUCGAAACAGAAAUGUGGGAAAAUAUUUUCAUGUGAGAGACGUGUUAAAAAGAAAUCAAAUCUUUUUUUGCAUGAUAGAAAUCGCAAAGACAAAAAGUCAUUUUCAGGCUCAGAAUGUGGAAAAUCUUUUAGCAUGAAAUCCAUUCUAGUUAGACAUCAGAGAACUCACACAGGGGAGAAACCAUUUUCAUGUCCUGAAUGUGGGAAAGGCUUUAAUCACAUAUCAUCUCUACCUUAUCAUCGGAGAACUCAUGAAAGAGUGAAGCCAUUUCUGUGUUCUGCUUGUGGGAAAUGUUUUAGACAGAAAUCAGAUCUUUGUAGACAUGAGAAAACUCACACAGGAGAGAAGCCAUUUUCAUGUCCUGAAUGUGGGAAAGGCUUUAAUCAGCAAUCAUCUCUUCCUUACCAUCAGAAAACUCAUGAAAGAGUGAAGCCAUAUCCAUGUCCAGAUUGUGGGAAAUGUUUUAGACAGAAAUCAGAUCUUCAUAGACAUAAGAGAACUCACACAGGUGAGAAGCCAUUUUCAUGUCCUGAAUGUGGGAAGUGUUUUGGUCUGAAAACACAACUUGUAAGCCAUCAAAGAACCUACUUAGAGGAGAAGCCAUUUUCAUGUUCACAGUGUGGAAAAUGUUUCAAAAGUCAAUCAGGUUUUUUUAGGCAUCGGAGAACUCACACAGGGGAGAAGCCAUUUUCAUGUCUUGAAUGUGGGAAGUGUUUUAGUGAUAAAUCAACUCUUGUUAAGCAUCAAAAAACUCACACAGGGGAGAAACCAUUUAUCUGUCCUGAAUGUGGGAAGUAUUUUAGGGAAAGAGCAAUGCUUAACAAACAUCUAAGAAGUCACACAGGAGAGAAGCCAUUUUCAUGUCUUGAGUGCGGAAAAUGUUUUAGUGAGAAAUCAAAUCUUGUUAGACAUCAGAGAACUCACACAGGGGAGAAGCCAUUUAUGUGUCCUGAAUGUGGUAAGUAUUUUGGUGCAAAAUCAAUGCUUAUAAAACAUCUAAGAAGUCACACAGGAGAGAAGCCAUUUAUGUGUCCUGAAUGUGGGAAACGAUUUACUCAGAAAUCACAUCUUGUAAAACAUAUAACAGUCCACUUCGGAGAGAAGCCAUAUUUAUGUUCAGAAUGUGGGAAGUCUUUUAGUCAGAAACCGAGUCUUGUUAAACAUGAGAGAACUCACUCAAAGAAGAAGACAUUGUAAUGUGUAGAUUGUAGGACACAUGACAGAUGUGGAGCUUCAUUGUGGGACCUGCUGCCUAAUCAUGUCUUCUUAUGUAUAACUUACAAUUUCCCAUAUUGUUGACGUUUCCUCAGAAUAGGUCAUCAAUACCAGAUCAACAAGGCUCUAACUCCCAGCAACCCCGGCGAUCAGCUGUUUGUAGAGGCUGCAGCUUUUGUACAAGUACUUUGGUCCCAUUAUUGUUUACAUGCACACCAUCAACACUUCAGUGGUCGCUCAGAGUAAUUGUAGCUGCUUCGUUCCAUUCACUUCAAUGGGAUGGAGUAGUUGUUACAGCUGAUUGGCGAGGAUGCCGGCUAUCGGAUCCCCACCAAUCAUAUAAUGAUGACCUAUCCUGAAGAUAGGUCAUCAAUAUAAAUUGCUGCACAACACCUUCAAGUUCAUGUGUGCUUUAAUUAAAGCUGUCGUGGAGGAAGCAAAGGGUCAUCUCGUUUGACUUCACAUAUAAUGGAAAUAAUGGAAAGCAAAGCUGUCAUCUUAUUGGUGAAAAGUGCAGAACAUACUGUUUUAGGUUGUGGCCAGUUUCCCAUCAGUUUGAUUUCAUAAAGAGAAAGUGGUUUUAUUAAAGGGGUUGUCUCACUUCAGUAAGUGGCAUUUACCAUGUAGAAAAAGUUAAUACAAGGCACUUACUAAUGUAUUGUUAUUCUCCAUAUUGCUUCCUUUACUGGCUAGAUUA